UUGAAUAAGUGUGGCUGCAGAUCUAAUGAGAGCGGCUGUGGGACACGCCUGAAGUCCUGUGCAGUUUGUUCAGCGUGUCUUUAAGCAGCUCCCACAGCAGAGCAGCUCAGUGUUUGUUCAGUCUGUCAAUGAGUAAACGUCCUCACAGCACCUCUGAACGGGAGCACAGCCGUCUGCACACAGGGAUCAUGGCGGCAGUCGGAGCAGAGGUCACCGGGUCGUGGCUCCUGUCAUCAGGAGUCGUUAGUUUCUUCAUCCUCCUCCUCCUCCUCUCCAUCUUCCUCACAGCUCUCUGCAGCGACUGUGGCAGACAUUCGUUUGAGCUUCGGGAUCCAGAGGUGCACAGAAGCCCAUCGACCCUCAUCAGUGUGGUGAAGCUGGAGGAAGCGAGAGAAAACCCAACAACUGAUGAGAUCCAGAAUGAUGAGAAACAGUUUCAUCCUAAUGAAGAAAACCCCGUCCAGUUCACUCCCUGGAGAAGCCACUUGGGGGCACCACAUACCAAGCAAGAGUCACGUCCUGAAGAGGAACCCUCAGGCCAGUUCACACCCUGGAGGAGCCACCUGGUGGCGCCACAGAGCCAAGAUUUGAACUCCGACCACAUCUACCACAGCAUCGGAGGAGAUGGCACCAGUGGUGACAUGUCAUCGCCACCACCGCCAGCCAAUCGCAGGCCAACCAGAGAGUGUGAUGCUGCUCAGGAGGAUUUUUUCAACCACGAUGGGAAUUCAGUUUAUGCUCAAGUCAGCAAGAAGCUGAGUUCAAACACCUCACCUCCACUUGUUCAUACAUGUGAAGACACACAGGUAGAGGAGAAGGAAGAAGAGGAGGAGCCUUCACCUCCAUUGCCCAAGAGGAUGACGGAGAUGGAGGGAUAAUGGAUGCAGAGUGGGAGGGGGUGUGAGAGGACGAAAACGAGGAUCAGAUCAGCAGCAGGAUUAAACGUGAAAGACUAAAAGCCCCGUCCUGCUGCACGUGUUUUUGUCAUGUAAAACCAAAAUCUGAAAACUACAUCUGCCAAUCAGAUCCCUAAAACUCAUGACAUCACAAUGUCCAAAUCUCUGAUUCGGCCUCUUUGGAAGUGAGGUUGAAUUUGAAUUUGAGAGAUUCAAAAAAAGAUAAUGUGUCACAUGUGGAGUAACAUCAGCGACUCAGUGAAUCUAAACAGACCUACGGAAGAAAAACCAAGUUCAGACAGUCAGAGAUGAUCAGAGAAUUUAAACCCGAGUUUCAGCAAACAUGGUUUCACUUUCAAAGGGGAAAAAAGCUUUAUAAUCCUUUUUUUAGGUCAGCAGACUUUUUAAGCAUCUUUUUAAUCAGAUUUGACUGAUGAUUGUACACAUGCAGUUUUAUGUCCCAAUGAGCCUUAAAAUUAAAGAUCAUUUUGAUACCUUCACAAUAAGUGUCCAAAUAAGUGCCUGGAGACGUUUCAAGAUGGAUGCCAAGUGAUGAGAAUUGCUUCUAAAAGGACUUUUGGGCAGUUUCCAUUGCUGAACAUGACAAAUACACAAAUACACAAAUACACAAAAGGAAUGAUGAUGAUGAA